GGUAAAAACACAAAACUUACCAAAGCCAAUGCGGGUGGCGGGCAGAAAGACAAGUUAUUUAUUAAACGAAAUAUUUUUGUGGCGAUUAGUUUAAACUGCUUGUGUGUAACUUUGUUUUGAGAGUUUAAUUUUUAACUUUCACAAGUGUGCAGAAUUCUGUUUCAUAUCGGUAAGGUAAUUUGCACGUAAGAUCAAUGGCAGGAAAGAAACGCCGUCCUAGUACAACAGACUCCGCAGUCAGUAAACCAAAAAGAGCAAAGUUUACUUUGGAAAGCGCGAAGUUGCCGGAACUUACUCGAGAAGGUGUUGUUUUGGUAACGGGUUCAGGUGAAUGUGGCCAACUUGGUCUUGGACCGGAUAUUUUUGAAAAAAGUAGACCUGCUUUAGUUGACACAAAACAUGAAAUUGUGGACAUUUGUGCAGGAGGCAUGCAUACUGUUUGUUUGACGAAAGAAGGAAAGUUGUUAACUUUCGGUUGUAAUGAUGAAGGCGCUCUUGGAAGAGUUACAGAGGGAAGUGAGGGUGCAGAAAGUAUUCCAGGUGAAGUAGAAUUGCCAGGAAAAGUUAUUCAGAUUUCAGCAGGUGAUUCCCAUACAGCUGCUUUGUUGGAAGAUGGGAGAGUUUUUGCCUGGGGAACAUUCAGAGAUCAGCAUGGUAACAUGGGUUUAACUUUGAGAGGGAACGAGAAACUUCCUCAUGAAAUUGUACAAGAUAAACAAGUUGUUAAAAUUGCUUCUGGCAAUGAUCAUGUAGUAUUUUUAACAAACCAUGGUGAAAUAUUUACUUGUGGUUGUGCAGAACAAGGCCAGUUAGGACGUACUAGUAAACGAGGAAGUGGCAGAGAUGCAAGAAGUGGAGCUGGAAAGGGUCAGAUAGCCAAACUUUUACAACCAACUCUAAUUAGUUUAAAUCCUAGUAAGAAAUUGCAUUUUGAUAACAUUUGGGCUGGUUCUUAUGGGACUUUUGCUAAAGUAGCCGGAAAAGAUGAUAUUUAUGUCUUUGGACUUAAUAAUUACAAUCAGUUAGGUGUAGAAGGUAAAAAUAAUAAAAAAGUUAAAAACGUCGAAAACUGCCAGUAUUUGCCUGCUUUAUCAAGACAAUUUUCUAAACACCAGUGGAAUAUAAUUUCUUCAGGGGAUCAUCACACCAUUGCGUUAGAUGAUGGUGGAAGAACUUACGCCAUUGGCAGAAAAGAAUAUGGACGCCUGGGUCUUGGUGAACUUGAUAGUGACGCCAUUGAACUAACAGAGAUUCCAACCUUGAAAGAUAAAAAAGUUCUUCAUGUUGCUUGUGGAUCCUCAACUUCAUUUGCAAUCACUGACAAAGGUGAGUUGUAUGGUUGGGGAAUGGGAACUAAUGGCCAGUUAGGAACAGGAGAAGAAGAUGACUGUGUUGAACCGACUCUUAUAAAAAGCAAGCAGUUGACUGACAGAGCAGUUUUUAAAGUUAGUGCAGGAGGUCAACAUACAGUAAUAUUAGCAACAAAUUCUAACAACAAUAAAGGAGGAGAUGCUUAAUGAAAAUUGCAGUGUUCCAGAAUAUUUAUAGCUGCCGACAAUAUAUUUUUGUUGUAUUUGAUAAGUCUAAAUUAGUUUCGGCUGUUGCUUGUUGUAAUUGAUUUGUUUUUGUCCCUAAACAUUUUCAAGUGUUCAUGAUUUUUUUUUAUAAUUUAAGAACACAAAAUGUGACGUGACUCCAGUUUCUUGUUCAUGUUAUACUUUACUUAGCUUCGUUGUUUUCACUUGCAUGCAUGUAUUUGAGUUUUGUGUUUACUUAAUUUACAGUAUUUAGACUGCCGCAAACAAAGAAUAUUGUUCUACACAAUGCAGCAAUAUUAUAUUUUAUAACAAAGAAUAA